AUGAAUGCAAAACUCAAUACAGUGGGAGCGUCUUCUUCUUCAUGUACGACAGAUCCAACACCUGAGCGGUUACUGAAGUUGAAGACAGGAAAGAACGGAGCCGCAAAACUCAAGACAGUGGGAGCGUCUUCUUCUUCGUGGACGACAGAUCCAACACCUGAGUGGUUACUGAAGUUGAUGACAGAAAAGAACGGAGCCGAGCUGAAGAAGAUCAUAGAGAAGGAGCUGAGUGCAGCCGAUGUUAGCCGAGUUCACGACCGUCUCUCUAUGCCUUGCAGCAACAUCAUUGACUUGGAAUUUUUGAGCCCCAUGGAGCAAAGGAUCAUAGAAGAAGAAGAUGAGGGGAAGAAGCACAUGACUAGAGUUGACGCGAAACUCGUGGUUAAACUUGUGGAUUCUGAUGUUUUAAAGGAGUUUGAUGUGAAUUUGAGGAGAUGUAACAUGCACAAGACACGGGGGAACCACAGUUUUGUUUACAGUUUGAUUAGGUGGAAGCAGGUGGUCGAAGAUGAAGGCUGCGGUCUAAAGAAGAGCGAUAAGAUUCGCCUCUGGUCUUUCCACUCUGAUGGCAAACUCUAUUUUGCUCUCACUACUCUUUCUCCUCCACCUCCUCCACCGUCUAGUGAUUCCGGAGAUUCCAAACCUGAAGAGAUGAUCUCUGCUUUAGUGAUCGAUGACAAGUCUAAUGAUGACUUGCCACCCAACUAA